AGAAUAAGAAAGUGCCGUAGGAGGGAAAGGAGCGGCAAGCGAAUCGAGUCGCACAGCUGGCCGCUAUAUGGUUUGUCUGCGCGCGCAUCCUUCAAUGGCGAUCGCGAGUCGUGUGGAUCCGUCGUGUGCACUGCUGCUGGUCCUACGACUACCUCGGCGGAUAAUCGUCGAUCUGAGAAACCGGGUGCACGAUCCUCGAGCGCGACGACAAGGGUCGAGCUCGACUUUCGUCUAAAGCGUACAGCACAGCCGGCAAGACGAAGCUCAAAAUGCCACUGAGUACAAGUUCGAAGAAGUCAUUAUGUGUACUGCCUGAAGAUGUUGUUCACGAGAAAAAAAGCAACCAUGCUGCCCUCACGCCAUUGGAAGACAUGUCUGCAGGACGAGGGCAGGCAGGUGGAGGGCCUCCUCAGAAUUGUCAGAAGGUUUUUAUACAGCGUGACUACAGCGAAGGAACGAUGGUUAAAUUUCAAACCCGAUUUCCGACAGAACUGGAAAGUAGACUGGACAGACAGUUGUUCGAGUACACAAUCAAUCAGUUGAACAACUAUUUCGCGGAAGCGGAGCGUGCCAGCUGUUCCACCUACUGUGAGAGCUGCCUAUAUUGUCUCACGGGAUAUCUUAUAAGCAUAUGUACCGAGACGCAUUAUGAGAAAUGUCUGCGCAAAGUCGCUAAAUUCGUCAGCGAGCAAAAUGAUCGGGUGUACAAGCCGCGUGGCCUCCUGCUGACAGAUCCAACGACCCGCGGACUUAGGCUAAUAGAGAUCUCGGUAUUGGAUAGACCUGCGUCGUGACUGCAUAUUAGCCGAUCCAGGGAGUUCUUCAUGUGACCCCCCGCGCAGCACUCUGGACAUUAUCUUGUCAGAAUCACGGACAUGCACGCGCUCGUGAGUGCCUGUCGGCACGACUACGGGGCAUACCGGUUGGUUUGAGCCGGUUACGAAAUGUGCAGGAAUCCUGCGAAACUGGAAGGAAUCAACGGUGGUAUCUUGCAAGCCGCAGGUCGCCUCAGGUGCAUCUUGCACGAUUUAUCUUGCCGAAUAUACGCGCAAUGAGCUGAAACUCUCUUGCUAUCGGGUCGAACUUAGUCGUACUUAGUCCUAAAAAUAUCGUAAAUAACGAUAAAAUACGUGCGCGAAAAUCCACACAAAAAAGAGAUAUUGCAGGAGCGAAUCUAAUUUGUGGAGAUUUUAUUGUUGUUGUAGAUUUACCUGUCAAUCUAAUUAGAAUAACAAGCUUACACAAAGUUGGCCUAAUUGCAACGAGAGAGUCUCGUGUUCAUUGGCGUUCGUGGUGUCUCGAUCCUAAAUGGCAGCUUCUUCUCUAGGGAGAGAGAAAGUAUGCAUCGAAGCGCGUGGAUGUGUAACGAAACCGUGGCACUUCUAUAAGUUCAAUUUUCUAUCUGCGUACAGAACAUGUAACAUACGAAAGUAUAUAUGAAGUAUAUAUGGCAAAUCAAAGGUUGCGGAGAAGGAGAAAGUAAUCUUGUUGUUUGCACUCGUAUACGUGAGUAAACAACUAAAUUAUUUAUCGCGAGCCGCAACAUUCGUCAUAUAUACAAUGGGGUCUACAUAUUUUUUUACUGUUCAUUUAUGACUUUAUCGUAUCAUCUGCAUUUAAUUAACAAGACAUGAAUGAAAUGCGUGUUUGCGUGAAUUAUUUUUAACGAAAAGAUGGCAUUCGAGUUCUACAGUGCGUAUGUUUUGUUCAGAGAGAUUCCACCGAAAAACCUAGCCGAAAACUUCAAUGAAUUCCGUUCUCGAUGAACGCUCAAACAAAUGAUUCCAAAUUCUUCUCAUCUUCCGCGAUGUAUCUUCCAUUGCGCUUAUGUAUUCGCGUGCAAAAAAAAACAUAAGUCAUUUCGCAUACUUACGUAUAUAUAUCGGUUGUGGUGUUUCGGCGCGAAUGGAUGUCUCUCGAUGACAAAAGAAAAUAGAAUUCGAUCGAAAUUAUUGACACAAGCACUCAUUGCGCUAUAGGAAAACCCGAGGAUUGGCUAAAGAGAAAAAAGAAAAAAUGCAUAAACGUGGUGAUGCAAAAAAUAGAUUAUGAAUUCAAGUUGAUUGGCAUUGUGAUCAAGGAUAAGCCGAAACCAUUUGCGAUGCAGCACGAGAUAUUUCGUCACUUUAGCCCGCUCUCUUAGUGAAAACUAAAGCCCGUUGGCUAUCGUUGCCGAUCUCCGUUUGCGCGUCCUCGAGAUUCGUUCGCGAUAUACUGAAUGUUUUCUCUACUCUAUUAAUUAGUUGUAAAUGAUGAUCUCAAACGAUACAACGACGCAACACCAUGUCCACAUUUAUUUUCUUUUACUCGCACUUUGGGAGCCUAAAGUGUCACAACAAAUGUUGUCAGGAAAAACACAUAUUUUUCUUUAACACAGCAUUACACUUGAUCAAGCAUUGGCAUAGAUCGCGAACGUCGAACCAAGUUUAGAUUGCGAUUUAUGAUAUACUUAUUGCGGUAUCGCAUACAAAUGGCGAACGAUCUCUCUCGUUCUUGGUCACAAUGCGUGCGGAGCGCCCGUUUAACGUUGUAAUGCGACGUAUUGCUAAAAGAAUCUUGCCAAAUCAGCGUGUCACUGCCUUGGGGUACGAUUUCCUAGCAUGGACGAGUGUGUAGAAGAAGAAAUCUCGUACGAGCUAGAGAACAUCGAAGAAAAAGAGAAAGAGAGAGAGAGAGAGAGAUGACUGAAGGAGACCCGCCGAUUUUUCCAAAUGAAAGAAACAUGAUUUUUGAAACAGAAAGCGGUAUUAUGGAAAGAUUUUCUUUUUAUUGCCUAAUUCUUUUACACGUCGCAAUAUGACGUACACGGUGCUCUGACUAUAUGCAACAUGCGUAUGUUGCAUAUAAUGUAUAUAUAGCGGAUUAAUCAUCGACACACGAAAAAGAAAAGGAAGCAAAUCGUUGUUUAUACUUAAUUUAAUUUAGUAGGACCAAUAUUGGAUUGAUGAUCCGUAAAAUGUAAAGGACACCAUCGUGUUACGAGUGUAAUUUCUAAAUGUUUUAAUAAUUAAAACGGCAUAAGAGCUCAUACAUA